AUGAGCAGUAGUAGUAAUCUGUCCAUUCCUUCAUUUAUCCCUGAUGAACAGGAUGCAGUACCAAAUGAGGAAGAGAUGAGCAAGAAGACCAAACAGAUUGAGGUAAUUCAAGUCAACCUGAACAAGUGCAAAGAUGCAGCAAUUGAGGUGGUGAGACAAUCAGCUGAGUUAUUGAUGAUAACGGAACCAUAUGUAUAUAAACAGGGUAAAGUAACCUUUUAUGACAGUAAUGGUCAAUGGAUCUAUGCAAAAGCAGGGGUAAAGCAACCAAGGGCAUGUAUUCGUGUACAUCCCUCCCUAGAACCAUGGUUAGUGGAAGAAUUUUCUGACAGGGAUAUAGCCACUGUAGCUAUCAAAGUACAAAAGAAACUAACAUAUAUUUGUUCAGUAUACUUAGACAUUAAACUACCAGUAAAAAAACCUAUGUGGGUAUCACUUAUAAAGAGAUGCAAUGAUGAAAAUAUCCCAUUAAUAGCAGGACUAGACUGCAAUGCACACAGCCCCCUGUGGGGAUGUAAAGAGUCAAACAAUCGAGGGGAAUUGAUGGAAGAUCUUAUUCAUGAAUUGCAGCUUACCGUAGCAAACAAUGGAAGUACUUGGACAUUUGAAGCCGGAGAACAUAAAAGUAUUAUUGAUAUCACAUUAAUGAAUGAGCGGGCACUCCUUGAACUUGGACUGGAGGAAUGGAGAGUUGACCGAAGGCAUAAUUUUUCUGAUCAUAAUUAUAUUAAGUACUCCUUUGGUAAAUUUUUACCAGGAACAAGAUGGAGCCGGAAUUUCAGAAGAGGAGAUUGGGAAAAGUUUGAGAAAACUACUGACGAUGCGAUAGAUCAGCAACAACUAAUGGAAGUAAAAGAUAUGAAUAAUAGUUUAGAGGAAUUAUAUUUGAUUUUAAAUAAUGCACUUAAUCAAGCCGCACCAAUGAAAAAAGCACCGAAAUGUCGGCCGCACAGAUGGUGGAACAAUGAAUUGCAACACCUGAAGAUGGAACUACUCAAAUUAGGGGAUAAACGUCGGCAAUCUGCAGACAAGAUGGAAAAAUAUAGGGAGGCCAGAAGACUUUUCGUAAAAGAAAGGAAGAAAGCAAAACAACAAUCCUGGAGGGAUUUUUGCA